AUGAUGUUGGAACCUCUUUAUGUGUUCUUGCCCUAUUCCAUAUGCUUUAGUAUGCAUGAGAUUUUAUACAGAAGUUUCUCCAUAUCUGUGGAGUCACUGAUCUUCAAGUAA